AUGGCAUAUAAACUCUGUGGAUUAGAAUAUCGUGCUUUAUGGCGCGAUAUGGCUAAGGAACAUCAACGGGUUGUGUCGACUCUUAUCGAUGCAUCUAAGUCCACUGGCCGGGGGUAUGAUUGCCUGUUCAACAAAGCUAUGAAUGAAAUGGUCACCUUCCUCGAGAUAUUUGCCACUAGGGCAGCUCCCUUCUCAGGAGCUGCCACUAGGGAAGCUCCCUUCUCAGGAGCAAUUGACAAUCAGUUCGAGCUAUUGAUGGACAACUUCGGCACCGUAAUUGAUACACUAAGUAUUUUUUAUGACCGGUUCGAUUGUGAAGGGCGGUCAGAGACUCUCAAACUUGAGAGAGACGAGAAGCGGAUGGCCCUCUUCUGCUUUGAGAAGAACGAGCGUCGGCCACCCAUGGACUUAUGGGAUCCGGAAAGUUGGAGAGUUUUGGAGGAGGUUUACGGCCCGGCUUAUAUAGAAAGUAUUUUUUGGAUGGUUCAUUAUCGGAACGACUAUUAG